AAUAAUUUACAAUUCAUUUCCACAGUACACGCUUCAAACAGCGUUAACCAAUGGCGUUCAUCUCUACCUUUUAAAACGUACGCGUCAUUGGUUAUCCGAUUAUUAAUUACAAAAAUAAUCCUCAGGCUACGGUCUCCGGCAUGGCUCAGGUUAUAUACAUUGUGAUAUACAUAAAUAUGAAUCAAUUUCAAUGAAACAGCACGUGGGAAAAUGUCGUUUAGGAAAUUGUACAUUGAAAAAAUAAGUCAUUUUGUAAAAUGGUGAUAAAACGCAAAUUAGGAAAAAUAUUGAUGUUUCGAAAAAAUGAUCAUUUUUAUUACGUUACAGAUUACCAAUCUUGAUUCAUAGACUCAUAGUGAAUUUAAAGAGUAGAAGUACUUAACCUAUACAUUCAGUUGAGUUUAUAUGUACACUUAAAUAUUAGUUAUAUUUCAAUAGAAAAACAGUCACAAUGCUGUCUUGUGUAGUUUGUGGUAGUUUAGAAUUUUAUACGGAGGCAGGGUAUUUUUACUGCCAAGAAUGCCAAACACAGAGCCAGGAAAAAAGGGAAGAAAUUUUGGAAAUUAGGGUAGACCCUUCUACACGAUUGAGAAAGACGAGGAUUCGACAAGAUCAAUCUACUAAAUCAGCACAAGAAAUUGGAUGGACUUCGUGGGAACUAUAUAACUUCAUAUUAAUUGGUUUAACAAAUGAACUUAUCGAACUUGGAGCACCAAUGGAAAUAAAACUAACAGUUCUUCAGCUAUGGUCAACCUACUUGGGAAAAAUUGAGGUGGCGUUCACUUCCACUGAGAAACAACAUAUUCCAAAACUUGCACGUAGAUUUAAUAAAAAAGAUGCUGCUAUUAUUUAUGGUAAAAUACAACAGAAAAAGAGAAACAGAAAGCGAAAGCGAGAUGCCAGUGGUGCUAGUGCAUCUUCCUUGGUAUCUACAAGUUAUAUGAGUGAGGGUAGUUCUAUUAAGGAAUUAAAUAAGCAAAAGAAAAUGUUAGUAGCUGCUGAGUAUGAUAGAUACAUCCAGUCACAAGAUAGCUCUGAAGCUGAUGCUGUCAGUCUGAUGAAUCAAAGUUUAUACAGUCUACAAUCAAAUGGCAGUCGCUCUUCAACACGUAGUAAAAGAGUUCAAUUUAGUAAGCACGCCAAAAUGGAAGCAAAAAGGAUAAAGGAAGCCACCAAAAUAUUACCACUUGCAGAAAGGCGUAAACUUCAAGAAAAAUAUACGAGGAAACAAUAUCUUACUAGUCCUAACAUGGUUUCACCCGUGAAAUUAUGGGCAAUCCUAUAUUUAGCACUAAGAAUACAUGAUCAACAAAUUCAUUUAGGAGAUAUGUUACGGUUUGUAAGGGAAGGACAUUUAUCCUAUUAUAAAAUGGAUCACCUAAUUCCGCCAGAAAUUGUUUUAACAAAAAGCGACUUGAAUAUUAUAACACAAACUACGGAGAUAACUCAUAAGGCCAUGAGAAACACAUCAGCGCGUAUGGCGAAGUUUCUUGGAGUUCGUGAAAUAACUUGUCCGUACUUCUUGCCCUUAAUAAGUCGAUACUGUCAAGAAUUACAACUACCCAGAGGUGUAUUACUGUAUACUGAGAGACUCAUCGCUUUGGCACCACCGAAAAUGGUUUUCACUUUGCAAAAUACAAUGAUUCCAAACUACGAAGCUCGCGCAAUGGCAUUUAUUAUUGUCAUUUUAAAACUUCUGUUUGGUCUAGAUGGAAUUACGGAAUACGAAAUCAGUAGAUUUGCGGAGACAACAAAUCAGAUGGUUGCGGAAAGUGGUCGCUUGGAUUCAACAUUAUUUAGUUUUCGCGAAUGGCAACGAUACAUCGAGUGUAGAAAAGCCUUAUUAACGAAACUCCAUUUCCCUACAAAAUUAAAGUACGAACAAGACUUACCAAGCACUAGUCAUCUCUAUCUGGGGUUUCUCAAAUGGAUGCAAUCAAAAAAGGAAAGGGAUGAUACCGAAGAGCCUAAACCAAAAGUUGCAAUGCCUCAAGAGCUAUCUAAUGCUAUGUCUCAAUGUAUUGGUAAACUAAAUGAAAACUCCUUACCAUUGAAUGCAGGGGAAACGUUUGCACCAUCAUUAACACCCCAAUACUCUUACCUCGAACAAUUGCUAGAAAAUUCAGACCGUGACAUACCUAAUCUCCUUCGAAGCAAUUUUGCGGAAACCAAAAUUGCAUACACUACGAAACCGGAAAUGGUAAAAAAACUAAUAUUUGGAGAUCAUGUUAAUCUGGAAGUCAUUGAUUCAAAUAUGCAUUUUUUGGAAAAGCUUGUACCACCUUUUAAACAGGUGGUUUUUUCACUGAAAGAAUUGAAUCAAUUUGUGCUUGUGGGAACUGACGAUUCUAAAGAGAAUUUUCCGCUUCGCACUGGUGAUGAUCUAACCGAAUAUUUGUACAGAAAUAAUAUUGGAAAAUUGAAAAUGGACAUGAAAAAACAAUCACUUUAUGACAGUGUCCAAAACUUAUUACCCACUACUCAAGAUCUGACAUCAGAAUGCUGGGAAGAUUUUGCGUUUAAUGAAAUUCUACCGAAUGGUAGAUUACUCAUCGAUGACGACAAUGACGUGGGAAGUCAUGACGAUGAAACAUUCAAAACAAAUAAUUCCUCGUCUCAAGAUAAUAUUGAUAAUUUUUAUGACAAUUACAAUCUCGAAUUCUCCUCUACCGAAAAGGAAGCUAUACUGAAUGCUCCAAUAUCCAAGAAUCCGGUUCAUAAUCCUAUAAUAAUGUACUUUGAUUCUUUGGGAAAUUUUGUAAAAUCAAAAUAUCGUAACCACGAAGGUAUAAAAGCCAAAGUGUUCGAAAUGCCUCUCGUUGAACAGCAAAAGUGCAAUACGGACGAUUUACAUUCCAAAACGACAGCGAUCAACAUAAUCGCAAAAAAGAAGAAGAAAAAGGCUAAAGUAAAGGAUCCUAAUAACCCUUUCAAUUUAAGUGACGAUGAAAUUUCCACUUUGAAUGGUUGCAUUGGCGAGAAUGAAAAUGAGAAUUGCUCUUUAAAGACGGAGAUCACCGAUAAUUUAAAACUAUUCCGACCUUACUCGGAAUACUGGAUAUAUCACUGUGAACUGGACGUAGGACAACCAACUUUCGAGUUAUUUGAAAAGGAAUUACCGACCAGCUUUCGUUGGCUUUUAAACGAGUGCGCAAGCGUUAUAGAAGUUACUACUGAAAAUUUAUAUAACGAAAUAUGUUUGAUUGAGUCAUACCACGGUCACAUAUUAAAUCCUUCAUACUUGCGUGAAAAUAAUAUCUACGCUGCAAAAAACUGUAAAAGAAAGUCUCAUUACAAUUCUCUCAAGAGAAGAUGGUAAAAUAAUGGUAUAGCAACUAUAAGACAAUUAUGUCAAUAUAAUAAUGUACAUAUCUGAAACAUUAUACAUGUAUAUCACAAUACCUCGUAAUCAUUCAUAUGUUUUAAUAAAAUAAUUAUGGGUCCAAAAAA